AUGGAUAUUGACAGACUUCAGACAAGCCAGACGUAUCAAUCCUCUUGUAGAAGCUGUGACCAAUUGAAAGUUAACAUUGAGACUCUGCAGCGUCAGUUAUAUGAAUUGCAGCAGACAUACUCUGUCUACAACACCAGAUUAUAUCAGCUUGAACAGCAGGUGACACAAAUGCAGUCGAAUAUUCCAGGAACUGUGGCAGGCAUCAGUGGACUACAGGAUCAACAACCAACAGUUGAAGUAGUUUCAGAAAUUCUAUAUAAUGGAUUUACAAAGGCACAGCUGGAACAUGACCUUCCUAGCAGAGGAUGGAAGUCUGAUGCUAAGUGGCUGCUAAGGAGAAUGUUUUCAUUAGCAGAACUGAAAGGCCAUUCUAUAACUGGCCAUCAUGGCAGCAAAAAGACUGGAGCAGCUCGGCCCCCGUUAGAAAACCGAGACAAACUUCGAGUCCUUUAUGACAUCAUAAUGGAAAAGUAUCCUGGCCGAAUGAUUACAGACAUUAAUUUAGUGCUUGCUGAUGUGGUCAAACCGUCUGCAGCUGGGAUGUCAUGAACUCUUUAAAGGUCUAUUGGCAGCACUUGAUUUAAACUACCCCAUUAAUCGAUGUUUGACAUUAUAUCUUAUCAUAAGAUCAUUUUGAUCUGAGAAAAUGGAAUUAGGUUCGGACGCGAAGAAUUUUAAUGUGAUUUUUUAAUUAUUAUUUACACAAACUCAGGAUAUGAAUUGUGCAUGUUAAUUGUUUUUGUAUGUAUAUAUUUCAGAUAAUAUUAUCUUCAUGUAUUUAAUAAUAAUUUU